AUGGCCACCAAGCGAAGGGAAUUGCAGGAACUCAGGCACCGGAUGGGUGACAAGGACAAUGCCUUCACGCAAAUCUUCCGACCCUACCUGACGCACAAGAGCCCGGUGGUCGCCAUCCCCACCGAUCUUAUGGAAGAUAAGCUUCGUGAACUGCAAAGCAUCCGGGAGGAAUAUUAUACCGCCGAAUCCGCAUACGAGGCCAUGGAGUUGGAGCUAGAUAACGAGGAAGUUGAGCUCCGCAUGCUGCAAGUCGAUCUAUCUCGCAUCUCCCGAAAUUGGGUAAAUAUGGGCCCUCAGGGUCCGUUUCCUCCGCCACCGCCCCCGCCCCCAAUAAAUGUCCCGGGCAGAUUAGCGGAGAAGGCAAAGGAUGAGGCCGAUGAUCCUGUUGACUCUGCACCGUCGACACCCGUUACUCUCCUAGGCAUAUCUGGUGACCGCCACGAAGACAUUCAUCCCUUGUACCAGGAGCUGUUAGAAGCUGCCGGGGAACGCCAGCUCGCCGAGGAGUACGUAGAGGAUCUCGAUAUGCGCCGCGACCAGAUACUAUACAGUCUCGAGCUUGAUCUGCACCGCAAGCGUGUGCGUGAGGAUCAAGGCAACCAGAUCAGCGAGGAAGAACUACACGCUCUGCGAUGCGCCCUCGCAAGGGUCCCUACCGACGCCGACGAAUUCGAAGACCGCUUCGGCAUCCCCAUCAGCGACGACGAGCUCGAUUUCCUCCGCAACUACGGGAUUGCUUCGACGCGCGCUCGCGAAGAGCUUGACGCCGCCACUGAGGCACUCUCCCACCUCCGCACGCUCUGUCUCAAGAAGGGUGUCAUGCGCAAGCAUGCCUCGUACAACGAAGAACGGGCCAUCUAUUCCGGCAGCGCCGACUGGUCCCCGCCUCCCUUGGACGGCAACAUGUCCAUCAAUCCGCCCGCCAAGCCCUCCCACGCCAAUCGUGGCGUGCCCUCCCUCGCGCACCCGCGCUUCCCUAUUCUCCUCUCGAACCCAGCCCAUGUCCUGAGCCUACUUACACCGCGUGAGGCGCUCGAACAGGCCCUGAAGCUCCCCAAAGAUGACUCCACCAGCGCGUUGCGCCGCGCAGAGUGCAUGAAGGAACUCGGGAUCAGCAUGCUCAUGAUUAAGGCCGAGAACACGCUGGACUACAUCAACCAGUGGCUGAUCCACCGGCUGCGCACGUCCCCGGUAGAGGCCGAGCUCAUGCUGGCUGUGUGCGAGGGGGAGUUCAAGGUGGUGAAUCUGAGGCGGUGGCAGGAGGAGGUGCUGUACUGGUGGCGGCUGGAUGAGGCAGCAACCAUGGAGCUCGACUGGUUCGAGGGCCCGGGGAGUCCUCGAGAUGAGUAUGGCGAAGUGCUCAUGCGGGUGCCGCCGGCGUUUGGAAGCAACACUGGCGGGGAUGGGAGGAGUAUGACCGGAUCGAGGGAGGGUUCGGUCAUUGAGGGGGAGAGAAGGGCCAGGAGUGAACAAGGGGAACGGUACCCUGGGAGAAUACAGGGUAUGGUGAAAGAUGGGAAGGCGAGGUCAGUUCGUAGUGUGGGAUGA